CCUACAUCCCCUCCUUUCCUCCUUUAUCCCACUAUUUCCCUUUGGCCUUAUGUAGGCUCUGUCUAAAAAUGAUUUUGCCUUGAACUUCUAUGUCUUCUAUUGCUAAGUGUACAUCGUUAUUUGUAAGUUGCAUUGGAUAAAAGAGUACGCUAAAUGUAAUGUAAUGAAAAAUCAUUUUUUAAAAAGUCUAAGAUGCCAGUAUGCACAGUAUUCUGAUAAAAACUCUUAUGUCCAGGUCUGCCACUUCUGCCCAUGGAAGGACACUCUAAAGGAGGCGAAUCUGGGCCGGAUGGAGAAUCGUGGGCAUUGCCCACAGCGCUCUACAUAAUCCCAGUGUACACCAUCAACGUCACCAACAGCACCAACUCCACUCCGGAGGAGCUGGUCCUGUUCUCGCCGUAUUACCAGCACUCGCUGGGCAUGGCGGCCGUCUUCAUCCUGGCCUACCUGUUCAUCUUCCUGCUCUGCAUGAUCGGGAACGGCGUGGUGUGCCUGAUAGUCCUAAGGAAUCGACACAUGUGGACGGUCACCAAUGCCUUCAUUCUCAACCUGUCCAUCAGCGAUCUCCUCGUGGGCAUCUUCUGCAUUCCCACAACCUUAGUGGACAAUCUCAUUACAGGUUGGCCCUUCAGUGAUGUGAUGUGCAAACUGAGUGGCCUGGUGCAGGGGACGUCCGUCUGCGCCUCCGUCUUCACCCUCGUGGCCAUCGCCGUGGACAGGUUCCGCUGCAUUGUUUACCCAUUUAAGCCCAAGCUCACGCUGCUGGUUGCGAAGGCAACCAUCGGGCUGAUCUGGCUGCUGGCUCUGGUCAUCAUGUUCCCGUCGGCCCUCAUGCUGACGGUGGAGCAGGAGAGGGGCCACUUCACAGUUUAUAACGGCGACUACAACCUCAGCUACCCGCUGUACUCCUGCUACGAGACCUGGCCGGACCCGCAGAUGAGGAAGGUCUACACCACGGUGCUGUUCGCCCACAUUUACCUGGUGCCCCUCGUCCUCAUCAUCCUCAUGUACGGCCGCAUUGGCGCUAAGCUCUACACCACCACGGUGCUGGGCAACGUGGAGCAGGCCGAUGGCACCCCUCACGGAAAGUGCCCCGUCUCCCAGAGGAAGAUUAAAGUCAUCAAGAUGCUGAUCGUGGUGGCGCUGCUCUUCAUGCUGUCUUGGCUGCCCCUGUGGACUCUCAUGCUGCUGACGGAUUACGCUCGACCUGAAGGGGAGCAGCUGGAGCUCCUGACGGGCUACGUUUUCCCCUUCUCGCACUGGCUGGCCUUCGCCAACUCCAGCGUCAAUCCCAUCAUCUACGGCUACUUCAACGAGAACUUCAAGAGGGGCUUCCACGCCGUCUGUCAGCAGACGUCCUGCUGCAGCCGAGGGAGGCAUUCCAGGCUGGGUAUCAAGAGGCCUGAACGAGGUGCCGAAGUUUCCGCACACCUGGAUAAAACCCUCAACUCUAACAACCUCAGCUUGGGGGUGAGGAACAGAGUCUACACAGACAGCGACUUAACGGGCUGCGUUCGUCUUGAGAUGGAGCACAGGAGGGCUUCUGCGGAGCUGAGGAGCUCGGGGGCUGAAGGGGGGCUCGGAGGAACGUUGAUCAAAAGAGAGCUUCUGGAAAACAUGGAGUGGAUCAGUCCAGCAGGUGCUACCGUCUACCAGGCCUGGGAACUUUAAAUAAGAACCUUUAUAGCAAGGCUGUACAUAGCUGAAGACCAAGAUUACCCUUACACUGGCGUAAGAUGGCUUUAGAUGGUAAAAUGUUCAACACAGCAACAUAACUUUCAUACUGUUGGAAGCCCAAAAAAUGAGCUGUGACUAUGUACAACUUGUUUAUGUACAGAUAUGUGUAGCAUUUCUCUCAUUUUUGAAUGAUUUCAAGCUGUCACUGACUUUUUUUUCUUUUUUAUGUUCAUCUACAUGCUUAUACAGGGACAGUUGGACAAUGAAACUAAAACACCUGUCAUUUUAGUGUGGGAUUUUAGGUUUCAUGGCUAAAUUGGAGCAGUCUGGUGUUCAAUCUUGUGUGAAGGUUCAAUAAGCAGGGUAAGAGCACAGUUCUGCUCUAAAUAUUACAAUGCACACAACAUUAUGUGUGACAUACCAGAGUUCAAAAGAGGACAAAUUGUUGGUGCACGUCUUGCUGGAGCAUCUGUGACCAAGACAGCAAGUCUUUGUGAUGCAUCAAGAGCCACGGUAUCCAGGGUAAUGUCAGCAUACCACCAAGAAGAACCGACCACAUCCAACAGGAUUAACUGUGGACGCUGUAAGAGGAAGCUGUCUGAAAGGGAUGUUUGGGUGCUAUCCGGGUAUUCUAUUCUAUUGGGAAGUUAAGAUGCCUUUGGCAGGGCAAAUUAAAAGACACUUUGGAUAUUUUAGCAUCACUUCAUUAAUAAUCGUAGAGUGUGUAUAUAUUUUGUCCCUGUACUGAUUCAGAAAACCGUGACAAUAACAUUAUUUACUUAUCAUACAAAAUGUAUGUUUACUUAGUGAGGUGAAUGCAUUAACACGAAUGAGCUGCUGUAUAUCUGUGUGUUGUAUAUCUGUUAAAAACAGCUAUUUUAUUUUAAUUUAUUUGUGUUUAAGGGAUAUUUGAAAAUUCUCUUGCAAUGUCUGAACAUUCUGAAUCAUUAAAAAAAAAUCACUGUAUUAAAAGGAAGUAAAUGCAUUACCAUAAUGCUGAUACUAUAUUAU